UCCUCUCCUUCUCUCUCACUCUCUCUCUCUCUCUCUACACUAUUUUUUUUUUUUUCAUUAUUAAUUUUUUCUGCAAGUUUUUCUCUUUUUCUUCAUUACUAGUACUAUCUUUAGGUCCUUUACUUAUCUUUCUGCAAUAAUCCCCAAAACCCAGGAAGCAUUGAAUUAGAAUGAAGUGGUAAGAGUUACACAGAAAAGAAAAAGAAAAGUUUCAGUCACAGUUAAACCCUCCUCACCCCCUCUCUCUCACAGUCACUCACACCACAUUUCUCAAUGCAAUAUCAACCAACCAACAAGUGCUUUUACUCCUUAAGCUUAGCUAGCACCCUCUCCUAGGUAUCCUUAAAAAAGUUGCUUCACACUUUCACACGCACACACUAAUAUGAGAGACAGAGAAAGCUUUUAUGCUUUUUCACUCGCUGAGCCUUUUAUUUUUCACUGAUAUAACGCCGAUUGAGCUGAGUUGUAGUGAGUUGUAGAUAAGGUUUGCGGGAAUCAGUGAAGGGUUGGGUCUGACCAAUCGUUCUUCUCCACCUUUCCCAAUCAAAAGCCAGCCUUUUUAUUUGAGCUUUAUUAAAAAUAAUAUAUAUUUUUUCACUGUUCAUCUUAGGAAAAACAAAAAGGAAAAAAAAAACAAAACAAAUGAGAGCAUGUAUAUCAAUCAGUAUAAGUAUUAACCCCAUAUAAAGAAGUCUUUCACACCACCGACUGUUUCUCUAGGUGGUAGUAAAAGAAAUAUGCUUGGAUUGGACUUGGUUUCUGGGUUUGCUCAAUGCCACAAUAUCCAUCUUUUUUCUUCUUCUUCUUCUUGUUCUGGAUUCUCUAUUCUGUGGGCUUUUGGAUUUUUGUAAUAAACCCACUUCACAGUGAAUCUAGGGUACCAUUCUGAGCCUAAGGCCCUUGAAAUCUGAGAUUUCUUUGGAGGUAUUCUGGCAAGGUAAAAGGGUUUCCACAGCUUCUCUUGCUUUGUCUUGGGUUGGUUUUUUGGGUUAUGUACAGUGUACUAAUUUGAGAAAUCUUUGAAAGGAUAUUGAAACAAAGGCAAGAGCAAUAGCUAUCAAUGGGAGAUUGGAAUGGUACCAUGAGCACAAGCAAUGGUCUUGGUGGGAGAUCAAUGAGAGAUGAUGAUUUUGAAGAAGAAGAUGUGUGGGGUUUUGUUAAGGAAAGUGAGGAUUUAAGUCCUAAGAAAAUGAGGAAAUCCAAAGACUACUCUUCUGGUUCUUCUUCUGCAUGGCGCUUCUCUACUACCCCAAGAAUGAUUCCAAGGGCUAAUAGCAAUAUUACUGCAACAACCCAUGAAACCAAGGUGGUUGUUCAGCAGUCCUCAGCUCCUGUGAACAUUCCUGAUUGGUCUAAGAUUUAUGGUAAAAGUGCCAAAAUGGGCUCAAGGGUUGGAUCACUGAUGGGUGAUGCUGAGGAUGGUAAUAGAUAUAAUGGAACUGUUGCUUAUGAUGAUGGAGAUCAUCAUGGUGUAGGUAAUUAUGGCGGUGAUGAUGAUGAUGAUGAGGAUGAUGGUGAUAUGGUUCCUCCACAUGAAUGGAUUGCUAAGAAGCUUGCAAGGAGUCAGAUUUCAUCUUUCUCUGUUUGUGAAGGGAUUGGAAGGACACUGAAAGGAAGGGAUCUUAGCAAAGUCAGGAAUGCUAUCUUGACAAAAACUGGUUUCCUUGAGUAACUUGGUGUUCACCUUCACCAUUAUCACCGUGUCAUCAUCCUCACCAGCAUCAUCAUAUUGUGGCAUCAACACCAUCCAUCAAAUCAUCAUCAUUCUUAGCCUUGGGUCCCACGUAAUCUUUUUUUUUUCUUUCUUUGUUCAAUAUAGGUGGUAGCAGUACUGGUAUCUGAUGUACUGGUAUGGGGUAAGUGGUGGAACUACAAAAGUCUUCAAAAGGGUCAGCUGCUCUUUUGAGUCUGUUUUUCAGGGGCAGUGAAAAAAAGCCCUUGGCAAUGGCUGCCUCUUGAGAUUUUGUCUGGUAGUCAAGUAGAAUUUGUGUUUUGGGUAAAUGGAGUUGCUCCUGUAUCAGGGAAUAUGAAGUGAAUUAUAGUUUAAUCUUCAUGUCUA